CGCCAACAAUUUUACAGUACACACAAUUAACAAUUAAAAUAUUUUACAGUAACAAAAUCGUUUAGUCUUUUGGUUUUUGUCAUCUGUGUGCGCCUCGUAGUACCCGACCCAAGACUGUAUUUGGCGGGUACUACACAUGUCCUCGAGUCCAUCAAGUGUGGGACGGGAUGCGCGGGUGGAAGGUUAGCUACAUACUGGCGGCAUAGAUUAUUGCGGCACGUCUCAAGAGACCAGCUGACACUAAUGCAUUAUCGUAAGAAGUGUCGUAAGAAAUCUCCCUCCCACUCGACCUGCAGUCUUGUGCUCCACUGAUCUGCUCAAGAAUAUUUUAAGUACCUUUCAAAAUAACUAUAAUAUGUUGUCCAGUAGUGUACUUGGCUUCCAUUAUAUUGCCACAUGAACAUAGCUGUGGAUGAAGUGGCAGAUGACAAUCUAGGAAAUAGGGUACUGUAGAAAAUAUUACUGGUAACUGCAAUAGAGAAGUUCAAAUUUUUCUAGGAUCUGGCAUAAAUAUAACACACUGCAAGUAGUAACCACCCAAGAUGGCUUUCUUUAUCAUGUAGGUGUGAAGUUGUGUGUACAAAAUCAUCACAGGACUGGCACAAAAAAUUGUGACACAAUCUUGACAACUUAUGAAGGCGUUCUUCUCAUGACAUACUGAGCAGGUUUGUGCAAUGUUGGUCUUACAUGAGAAAACAGCUUCAAACAGUAGUUUUCUGGAUGUCUCCCAGCUAAUGUUCACUGCCUGCAUUCGUUUACUCCAAGCCUUUUUAAGCCUCUCUUGCUUCCAACUCUCCAAAAUCUCUUCAGUGUCUUUGAUUAUACUGUCAAGGGUAUCUGUGUUUACAAGAUUAAAGGGCCGGGGUAAGAUCGUGCAUGAAGCAGAGCUUCAACAACAAAAACUAAAAAAGGAAAUUGAUCUUGUGGAUUCACAGAGACCAGAUGAUUUGCUGGAAGAGGGUAUAAGUAUGUGGAUUGGAGAAUAUAUUUCGCCCUUGUAUGACAUUCUUUCUUUUUAAAUCUUGCUCUUAUAUAUAUUCAGGAUAACAUUUAGAUCUAUUACAAUAAGCAAAAACAAGACUCUUGAAUAGAAAAUAGAAGGAAUGAAUACCAUUAUAGGUAAAGGAACAUAGACCAAAGGAGUAGAUUCUUUUGAGCUACUGGCCCCAGUUGGAGACAUGUCAACUGAUAACUUGCACCUCCAAGAAUCCCACCCGUUAGACCCACCAGCCCCACUUGGAGAUACGCUAAUCAAUACCAUUACUUCACAAGGAUCUCACCCCAUAGACCCACCCGCCCGAGCAGAAGACACACCCAUAGAUGCUACGACCAUGCCUCCCAGAGCAGCUACACACUUGGACCUGCUGAAUAUUGAAAUCAAAGCCUCAUCUCAGGCCCCAACAGACAGAGCUCCUAAGGCAAAUCGAUGUUCCCAAUGUAAGGUGCGUCAAAAAGAAAAAAAAAGUCUUCAGAGAAGUGUGAGAAAAUUGAAACUUUCACUGCAUUCAAACCAGGAGAGAUGGGCUAGGUCAUUUAUGGACACUGUCCCAGAUCUUGUCAGUUUAGAGACCCAAUAUGAUAUCAAUGACAUUGAACAGGACAAUGAUGAAGCAGAGAUGGAGGUGGAAAGCUGCGAUGAAAAUGAUGGAAGCGAAGAUGAGGAAGAUGACAGAGGUGACCCAGAGUGGAGACCAGAACUGAUAGAGGAGCAAAUAACCCAAGUUUUGGGACGAAAUAUCAGCAUCAAAGUUGUCUGCAACAGCUUGUAUGAGCCCGUCACCUCCGUGUUUGAUUCCACUGAUCUUGAUAUCACGUGUUGCUGCUAGAGCUGCCGAGUUUUUGAAGCGAAGAAUCUCAUCAUAUGAACAGGUAAUUCUGAAUUGGUAAAGCUGAUUUAUCAGCGACUUUAAAUCUCUUAUUAGAUUUCCGAGGGCUAUCUGCAGAUUCGUAGGUUUGUUAGAUAGGACGCAGGUGACUAUGUUGCCAAUGAGGAGUGCAGGGAGGGUAUUUUUCAAGUCAUCUGUCAAUGCAGCUAGCAGGUCCAUUAUUGUUUGACUAACUGACAUUGACAUGUCCUCCUUGGUGAUUCUUAUCUGAUAGCGAUGUUGGUCUCUGUCUAAAUUCUUUACCUCAUUGCGAACUGACUUUGCAAGUCUUUUGAUAAAGAUAUCCAUUUCGUCAUCUUCUGUGUCGCUAGUAAGGUUCAGCACAGUUGACGCGUUCCUCUUGAAGACUACGACACUCGAUAAACCAGGAGAUGAAAGGAUUGCAAUGUCAUCUGAAAAGUAUUCCUGUGAAAGAACUGAACUUCGUGUUAAGACCUUUCCGCCAAACAGUUGAUACUGCUAAUAAAGCUCUCAAUAGAAUUCCAUAAACGUGAUUUAUCGUUCGUCAUACCAAUAACAAGGUCAAAUGCAGAAUCUACACGUUCCUUUUUCUUUGAGGCAUUACUCGCCGCAGAGAUCGAUUUUGGGGACAUAAACUUUGUCAUGCAGUGGACGUGAUAGCGUGCAUCAGCUGCAGGCAGAUCACUUAAAGCACCUUCAACGCGAAUUCUUACAUCGUGGGCUAUGUCGUCAUUACGUCGAGUACAUGCCUCUAAAAUAGUAUGCUUGAAUGACUUUUCGCCAGGAUUCGUAUCGGCGGUUCUGCAUAACGCUGCUUUCUUCCAGCGAUCUGGAUGCUUCUUGUUUCUUUUUAUUUCACAUAACUCUCCACAAAAAAGACAGUGUUCCUUGAAGCUAAAUGCUGGUACAUCCGACCGGCGUCUUUUCUGUACAGGUUGACUGGCAGCCUCACUAGUACUAGUACCACCGCCCUGUCGUUUCUUGUGACGAUCCAAAUGCUGUUUGGAUGUGUAUGUAGAUACACAGUCUCUGUGACAUUGGAUUGUCAGUAGGCUGUUCCUCUUAAGCUGCUCAGCUAGAGUUACAUGGAUGUCAUCGUUGUAGUCCUUGCUAAACUUGAUAAUGGAUUCAAUUCGUGCUGGCCCCGCUUUACCAAGGACUCCUUUCCCAUCACAGUGAAAUUUCCAGUCAAAAAAGCAUUUAUUUGCCAUAAUUACUCUCAAGUCUUGUUAAUCUAGAAACAUGACAAAAUUGCUAAAGUUAGAAGCAGUCCACAAAACUAUAAACAUUGCUUAGUCAAUUUAACAGCCAAGUGGUUGGCUUUUGCGAUCAAUUGAAUUUCUCUCUCUUAGGACUUAACUCAAAAGUAAAAAAAAUAACCCAGACUUUUUUAAAUGCUAAUUUCGCCUUUUUCUAACUGCUAUGAAACAAUUUCGACAUAGAUAACGAUGAUUUAUACUGAACAAAUCAAGCAAAUAAGCGAUUUUAAAUAGAAAUACUUACAGAGAACCAAGGGUCGCCAUUGAGGACGCCAUCUUGGAUUGUGAGUAGCCCUGGGAACUAGUCACCAGGCCAGGUAUCAGUUUACAACAUGUGAUGAAGGUGUUUCUGUUAUAUCUAUGAACUUGUUCUAUCUAAAAUGUACAUUUGUUACAAACAUUACAGAAAUGUGUUAAUAUGAGGCACAUUUGUUACAAACAUUACAGAAAUGUGUUAAUAUGAGGCACCCAUGAUUCGCCACAGGUAACCCAUUUCUAUAACGAAAACUUUCAGCAAACAGGGAGAAUAGGAGAUUGAUACCUUAUAACACUUAUAGGUGAUGGAGUGAUGCCACCAAACUGUGUUUUUAUAGUAAUGAGUGUUUUUUUUAGAAUGAGCAUUUUUUAUUGAAAAUAUAUUUCAAAUUUCGAUUUUGGGACUUGGGUACCCUGUGGUACAGACUUUCGAACUUAGACUUUUACAUUGAUCCAUAAAGGUGAGAAUGUUCUAUUUUAGAGUUAAAAGUACCAAGAUAAGUUACUUUGAUAUAUAUAUUUGGGAAAUCAUGACGCGGGUACCCUGUGGUUUGUGUGCAUUUUCUUUGUCCCUGCAUAACUCCUAAUGCCCAAGGGUCAUUGGCUGUUCAGAUUAUUGUCCAGCAUCAUGUGUUUGAUAAGAAUUGACAUUAAAACAUUGUAUCGAAGCACUUGCAAGGUUAUAUAAAAAAUCGCAUUUGGCUGCCGGACUAUUGUUAUGAUUUCUGACAACGAAUUAUACUGUCAGGCAUUAUUGCAAUGGCUUUUUAUAAACUAAUAAAUCCAUUUAUCCAAGUUGAUGGAGUGGUUAUCCCCGUCUUCGCCUCCCUCCUACUGAAAGAAAUUGAAACACUUGGCGUGUCUGGCACUCCUCCUAUGUAAGGAUAUAUUUAAACAAAAGCAAUUUGGUUUAAAAUGCAUAACCUGGGGGGACGCACAUUUUCAUUCAGAAAGAUAGUAAAAAAUCGUCGGAAUAAAUGCGUAAUUAUGCGAUAACAAACUAUCCAACAGGCAAUAAUCAAAGUAAGAAAUCAAAUAUGUGCGCUAGCCGCAAAGAAAUGGAACAAAACAUACCUUGAUCCAGCUAUAUCAGGAGGGAAAUCGUCGUGUGCGUGCUUGAUCGUUCGAUUCUGGUACGAUUAUGCGGGGCUUAGCACUGCCUGGCUCUAAUUUUAUCUGGUUACAGAGUUAAUUAUUAUCUAAUACGUACUGUUCGCUACAUGCGUCAUCAUGCGUCAGCGUAGCAGGCACUGAGAGGAUGGCAGCAAAAUUCUGGAUCUUCUGUAACUUCUUCACAUCGGUCUUACUUGUGUUGGCCCAAAUAGUUGAACAAUAGUGCAGCUUGCUGAAUACUACCUAGUGCUUCUAGUACUUCUUGCUAUUUUUUUUUUAAGGGAAAAGAUGAAAAUAAAAAAAAAUCUAAAACUGAACCUAGCUUUUCUUCCCUUCUGCUUUUCUCAGGGGACAUGUCUUAUUUGAGGUUCUUUGAUGCCCAGUCGAACCACAUUUACACCUUUUUCCACUGAUGAUAGUUGAGCUAUCACCUAAGGCAUCUUGAGCUUCUGUUACCAGCUCCGGGUCAUCCUACUCUACCACAAUGUCAUCAUCUCCAUAGGUGUGCAGGAUUGCUUUGCGCUUCCCCCUCUUCUUUCUUCCUUGUCCUCAGCACGCUACUUUAUAGGAUAUACGCUUUCUCUGUUGCCUCUUCCGUCUUCUGUCCCCUCAACUUAGUCAUCCUUGUCUCUGAAGCCUGUUGCAAGGCCCCUUCUACUGCUGGGGGAUCCUUUUUGUUAAGAUGUUUAACUCAGUGGUAAUCAAGACCAUACAUCUGGUAACACCAGGUCAUUUUAUAUUGGCCAAGUCCACAGUUAGUUAAUGCGAUGCAAUGCAACCUGUAACACAUUUUCAGAAGCAUUUUUUAGUGCUAUAAGAAUGAAACAAAUUGACUGUUUUGCAUUAUUUAGCUUGGAUCUUGGAAAUCUGUCCUCCUACAAAGUCAUUUCGAUUAUGGUCCGAAUAGUCAUGCUUCAAUUGGUCUAAUUGAGGUCUCGGUCUGAAUACUUGAUUGAGUAAAUGUGUUGUUUUUAUUUCAUUUUAUGCCUAAAAUCAAUAUGUAUGAUUAUUUUCUUGCUGAUUCUCAGGGUUCUUGCUCACUUGCUUAUUUUUGGGGGGUCGUUGUCACAUAAAACAUCUUAAAUGAUUACUGUUGACCUCAUUGGCUGCCUUUUUUUCUAGGAAUAGGUGUUAGGCUAGCUGUUUAGCCCAAUUAACCCCAAACUUAUGCAUGUGCAUGAAAUCACACCCUUUUUUCUCAGCAACCGAUUGGACCUUUUUCAUCCAUGUUUACAUCAUUUUGCCCAAAUCCUGUACUGCCUUUUUAACAAGCUGCCAUUGUCUGAUUGGGAUACUUUGGGAGGUCGAACUUGACAACAGAGGUCUUCAAGUUUCUCAGCUACAAAACAUCUUGCUUGUCUGACGAGAGGGCAAAGCUAAUUGUCGUAACUAAAGGUGCUUUUCACCGAAGAAAUUAAUAACUGGGAUCAACAUCGUCUACAUGGUUACAGUAGGCGAGUUAGCCUGUGUAGCGACGUUUGUUUCAUGGGUUUUAUUUUUGUUCGUUGCGUUACGCUUUAUUUCGUUGUGUUUCGUUUUUUUUUGCGCCCACAAAAGCCUGCAACCAUGGGCCCGACUCGGUCCAAACGCCCUCUGCUUUCGCAAUGUCAAAUUGAUUAAAGCUGCUGUCAAAAAGUGACAGCUGGGUGGCAGCCGACAUCAUUCAAAAUAGCGUGAAAUGUACACAUUGGCGGGCGGGAACGUCUAUUUGGCGCUCUUUUUGUUGCCGAAAUAGCGGAGGGAUAUGUCGCAAAAAAGCUCUUGUCGACUUUGUAAAGUAAGUUUCAAAACAAAAUUUGGAUCCUUUGCAAAUUAAACAGGGAAAAUCGGAUAUUCCCGAGACCCGUCGGGAGAACCGUCAAUACAUCACUCCCUCUUACCAACUGUCCAGCUUCCAGCUUACCAGCUUCUCCUGCUCCUGACCUAUUUAAAACGUAUGAUUUGUCUUAACCUAUAAAAGUCAGGAACCCGCAUUACAAACCACAUAGCGACAUAAUUUUCGUCUGUUAACCACUAUCCUCCACAAAGGCCAUAUGCCUUUGAUGAUGUUAUGGCUGAUGAUUGGGCAGAAGUUUACAACCUGGCCCAACAUCAGCUUGAGCAUUGAGACCUUCUAAGCAGGUUUUGUGUUUGCCUUCUGGAGUUGCUGAGCUAUCAUUUGUGAAAACGCGAAAAGGAGGGACUUCAUUUUUCCAGGUUACACCGUCAAAAAGAAAUGGUGCAAAGUUUACAUUUUGGGCUGUCAACAAGUUUACACCAUUUAGGUUAAACAAGAUUUUUUAUUCAGUUUUCAAAGCAGUUUGGCCAGGCACCACUGUUUCGGGGCUCAUUCAGUCGUUUUGCACGCGUUGUUCAGAAGCCCAUACAAUUAUCAUCCCAUUUCAAAUAACUCUUUCAUUUCUCUCAAACAUCUCAUCUUGUUCUGCAGUGCUUGGUGUCACUUGGUUUAGUGCCUUCGCAAAGAGGAUUUUUUUGCCACUUAUCAUCUUCCUUGUCAUCAACAUUCUGGAUAUGCCAGUCAAGAUUGACAUCUCCAUCCGGUUGCAUCCAGCGCCACCGUUUUCUCUUUUGUAACUCUUGGAAGCCUAAAAUAGUAAAUUUUACUCAUUAGCACUAUGCGGGAGCAUCGCAAUUUUGACAUUUAAGUUUGACUGUGCCUAUUUCGAUAGAUAUUUGCUUCAACUAUGAUAUUAUUAGUUUUAUGCGUUAUAUAGCGUUUCCAAAGAAAAAAAACACCGAAAAACAAAAAUAGUUAUAAACAAAACCUUUUUCCAGUUUUUAUACUAUUUAAUGAUUGUCUCUAGAGACCGUACACUUAACGAAUAAUAUAAAUAAUAGAAGCAAACAAAGGGUACCUAUAGGGAUAGACUUUGUCAAUGGUAUGAACUUUUUGUGUUCACAUUUAUAACCAUAACUACUAUCUCUAUAGUCCAAUGUAAAGUGAUGUAGGCGGCGAAAGCACGUGUCUUGAUGGUGAAGUGAAAUCAGUCUUUAGUUGCAAAACCAAUCACACGAUCGAUUUUCGGCAUCUUUGGGACCUAAAAUGCCCAAAACCUUUUCGUGAACUAUCGUGAUCAACAAGUCGACGAUCGAGAUAAGCAAGGUUGUGUAACAAGCAUAGAGAAGCACAAGCAUGGCCAUAUGCUCUGCCCUCCACUCCUCAAACUCCUCGACAUUCUCAUCACACUUGUUCAAAUAGAGCUCACACAUUUUUUGUUUAGGACAUAGUUAUCGAAAACCUCACCAGUGUCCACUGAUACAACAAAAACAAAUCCAGUCUGCGAGGCGAAGCCUCGUUUUGCCCAUGUGCCAUCAAAGCUGACGGCAACAUCAACAAACUCUCCGAGCUGUUCAUGGGACUCCUCGAGUUUCUCUGUAAGUCGUUUUGCAGCAAGUCCCAUCUCUGCUUCUGCCUCCUCUUCCUGUGCUGUUAGAGUGUUCUCGACUUGCUUGUAGUAUGCUGGCUUAGAUAUGCAAGUCAUAUUCAUAUUACAUCAUGGGAACUUGCUCCUGUGACAGAUGCAGACGCUUUUAGACAGGAGUUUUUCCCACAGCUACUACAUUGGCUCAUGAUGUAUGAGGAAAGCCCAGCUCUUGACGAAGGGUCCUCUGUCACACAUAUUGUUCACAAUUUUCACAUAUUCCCAUCACAAGCUGCGCAGAAAAGCUAAAAAGACACACGAGCAUUCCCUUUCAAAACAUUUUAAGAAGGAAGACAACGAUUUAUUUGGAAAGGAAGGAUGCUAUCAUCAGUCUUACCUGUUCCACACUCAUGAAAUUCAGCAAUACGGGCGGUAAAAAACAAAAGUUAUAAAAGGAUACCAGUUUUCGUUGCCAUGGCAACGGCACUAGGAACAUCAAGUGGUUGUUGGAAAGUAGCGAAAAAAUAACAAAAUUACUUUAAACCAUACCCUGAAAGUUAGAGAAAGUAAAGUUUGAUAAUUGAAUAAUUGAUUUUUGGUAAAAAAAGAAAAAUUGACCUUUUCAAGUUAACCCCCGCCUUAAGUGGACUUUCGGGGAUGGAUGUUAGUAAUUGCGUGUGUUUGGCGAAGAUUGAUUAGCGUUACUUUUGUUAGCUGGUUGUGUGUGCGUCACACUUGGGCGCGACUGUCCGUACACCCUUCGCGCUACUUUGCGGCUUCAUACGUGCGCGAAAUUACAUGCUGGUAAAGCGCAACCCUUUGAAUUGUAGUUAACGGCAAAUGAUACGGCUAUCGGCGGUAAAUGUUGCAAAAGUAGACCAGCCGUUGCUGUUAGUUAUGUUAUUGCUCUGUUGGUGUUGUGGGGUUCUGUUAGCCGGUCUACCCUGUGUGGCGUUAAUGCUAUUAACCUUUUAUAGUGGUGUAAAAAAACGUGUGUAGGUGGUUGGAGUCAAAACUCCAAGAGUAGUUGUAAAGUGCCUGAAGUUUGCGGAAUUUAUUGUCAUACUGACUGACGGAUCUCCACUCGAAUUUUACCGCUAGAGUCAUGGUACUAGUGUACCCUCGUUAAGUAAUGCAUGCAUUAUUCGUGUGUUGGCUAUUACCCAUUGAGCGAUAGUAAUAAAUUAUAAAUUUGGCUUUUGGCCAUAUUGUAAAACUAAUCUGGCAUAUCCGUGGCUCUAUCACUUACUCGUUAUUUGUGGGGAUUAAGUUGUCUAAAAAAAUCAGUGAUGAGUUUUGGUUUCUCACCCUGUUGUCUUGCUUGUCUCGGCUCCAGAUACAGCAAAGCUGCUGGUAUUUCGUCUCUUUGCGCUUGGGUGCUUGAUUGCCGACCUGGAAGGCGAUCGCUAGUAGCUGGUUGUCCUAGGAGCACGUCUAAAGGCGUUGUCUUGGUCUCCCUGUUGACUGGGUCCAUGACUUGCCUCAGAUUUGCUGGUUUGGUUUUGUCUCUUUGGACUCUUAGUUGGCGAGGUCUCUCGCGCUUUUGUUCGAGUUCACGUCUCAUGUCAACAAGGUUUGUUUUUUGUUGGACAAUGUUUUCCUCGAUUCCUCGAGUCCCUCCAUCUCCGCUGUAUCUGCUCCAUCACGUUUCUACGAGAAACGAUAUCCGAUUUUCAAGAACAUUUUCCCGAAGUAAAUAUCGUCUGUCCGAAGGCAAUAUCGUUCUUCCGAAGACAAGAUCGUUCUCCCUGUUUUUAAAAUCGUUCAUCACAGAGGCGAGAACGAUUUUUCGAUUUUCAGGAUCGUUCAUCCGAAGAAAUGAUCGGCUUCACGAAGACAAGAACUUCUUUUCCGGAUUUGAAAAACGUUUAUCAGUACGGGAAAACCCCGAAGGCAAAAACCUCUUCCGAUUUUAAAAACCUUACCAAAAAGACAACAUCGCUCUUUUGAGAAAUGCUUGGUUUUCUUCUUAAAUUUUAAUUUAGAGCUAUAUUUUAGCUUAAAAAGUUGUUGUUUUGCAAAGACAAGUAAAGUUUAAAAGCUAACUCGCUUUCUUAGUUUGCAUUCGCUCAUAAUCGAUUAUCGUAAUAGCAAAGUUUGAGAUAGGAGAUUCUUUUUUAGGAGGUCUUAUUGAUGCGCGAGUUAAGCAAGUGCAAAGCCGUCAUAAUAAAAUUGUGGUCGCCAUUAACAUUUUUUUGAAAAGACAAGAAAAUAAGGACAGCCGACUCUCACUUGAGAGUUCUGUUUGAUGCGCGACUUUAGCAGCAAGCGAGAACGGUCAUAUUAUUGUCGUCACCAUUAACAUGUCGUUCUAUUGCAAAUGCAAAUAGUCGACUUGCUUUCUUAGUUUGCAUACGGCAAAUAUCAAGGACAUUCUUUAAGAACUUUAAGAGCGUUCUUCCGAAUUUCUGGAGACGAUCUUCCGAAUGAUAAAACAAUGUUCUGCCAAGCUUCAAGAGAACGAUCUUCCGAAUUUUAAGAGAACGAUCUUUCGAACUUCCGAAUUUUAGAGAACGAUCUUCCGAACUUUAGAGCGUUUUUUUCCAAUUUGAAAGGAACGAACUUUCGAAUGUAAAAAACGUUCUUCCGGUUGUGCCCCUGUUUCAACUAUACCGGAGAUAUCGUGCUUAUUAAAUAUAGAUAAUACUUUUUUGGCCACUCUCUACCCUGAAUUGGGUACACAACUAGUUAUAAUCUAUUCAAAUACGGGUUUUGCCUAAGUCAUCUCGCACAACGAAGAAUGAUAAGUGAUAACACACAUAUUGUGAUGAUAAGUGAUAACACACAUAUUUAUUGGUCCUCAAAUUUGUUUUCAGCGUUGUUUCGAGGUGGGAGCGUCGGCAAAAGCCAAAUUUCCCUGCCAAUUCAGCUGUUGGUGUCACAGUUAGCCCAAGUUUGAAAGGUCAAUAACCUGUUAAGUGUUGUAUCUUCUUGGCGCUCUCAGCGCUCCGGAUUUUAUUAUCCCCAAAAUUUUAUUUCAGAUUCUAGGCAAUCAAGUUCAGGAAAAAUGACCAUUUUUGAUAGAGCAAUGUACCAGAUGCGACUUUUAAGGCCUCAAUUUGUCGGUUUAACGAUCGUGCAAAAUGAUGGAUGCGAGGCUAUAUUUGAGAAAAUCUGUCAAAUAUUCUAUUUUAACUGGAUUAAGCCGAGAUUAAAAUAAUAUUGAGAGCACA